UAUGUGUGUGUCAGAGAGAGAGAGUUAGAAUGAGUGGGGCGAGUGAGACAGCUGAGAGCUGCAGCUCCUCCGGUCGCUCUCUCAGGCCUCAUUCGUCUCUCUGUGGAUCUGUGUGCAGCUGAAGGGUUCUCGUUGGAUCUUCAUGGACCAGAGCGGUGGGAUCUGACCGUAUGAGCCAUGCUGAGAGUGUUUAUUCUGUGUGCGGAGCGGCUGCAGACGCCGGACAAUGACGUCAGCGACGCCUACUGCAGCGUCACCUAUGAAGGAACCAAGAAGAAGACUAAGGUCAUCAAAAACAACCCCAACCCUGUUUGGAAUGAGGGCUUUGAGUGGGACCUGAAGGGGAUUCCUCUGGACUCUGGAGCAGAGCUGCACUGUGUCGUCAAAGACCAUGAAAAAAUGGGCAGGAACAGGUUUCUGGGUGAGUGUCGGUUGUCUCUCAGGGACGUCCUCAACUCUCCCAGCCUGGCCGCCUCCUUCACCGUCUCCCUGCUGGACACCAAGAGGAACAACACCGGGGCCACGCUGACCCUGCAGGUUUCCUACAUCCCUCCUCCAGGAUCAGCUCCCAUCUUCCAGCCUCCUCCUCAGCCUGAAGCUCUUCCCCACAGCAACCCCAGUGUGGAGCUGGACACCGUCACAAUGAUUUCUCUGGACACUCUGGGUGAGGAGGACACUGAGAGUAUGGUGAUGCUGGAGGCUGCAGAGGACCAGGGGGCCGAUGACGGACGCUCCAUGGUGAUCGUCGGCCCUCAGGGGCCCCCGGGCCAGGAGUCCCCCACCGCCCAGACGCCCAAACGCUCUCCUCCGUCCUACAACACCCACGGAGGGCUGAGGAAGAGGAAGAGGGGAGCCAGCAGUCAGCAGAAACAGCUGCCCAACAAAGCCCAGGACAUACAGAUCCGUGUUCGGGUCAUCGAGGGACGACAGUUGCCGGGCAUCAACAUCAAACCUGUCGUCAAGGUAACGGUGGGCGGGCAGACCAAGAGGACCCGCAUCAGAAAGGGCAACAACCCGGUGUUUGACGAGACGUUCUUCAUGAACUUCUUUGAGACGCCCUCAGAGCUGUUUGAUGAACCCAUCUUCAUCACUGUGUGCGACUCUCGUUCAUUGAGAACCGACGCUGUGAUCGGUGAAUUCAAGCUGGACGUAGGAACCGUCUACAGUGAGCACAGACACUGCUUCUUGAGGAAAUGGCUGCUGCUGUGCGACCCUGAUGACCUCUCUGCAGGCGUCAAAGGUUACCUGAAGGUCAGCCUGUUCGUGUUGGCAGCUGGAGACGAGCCGCCGGCUGACAAACGUGAGUGUGUGGAGGACAAGGAGGACAUAGAAGGAAACCUGCUGAGGCCGGCCGGUCUGUCUCUGAGAGGAGCAACAUUCACACUGAGGAUCUUCAGAGCAGAAGACCUGCCACAGAUGGACGACGCCUUCAUGGACGGGAUGCGACAGAUUCUCGGGUUCGACAGCAACAGGAAGAACUUGGUGGAUCCGAUGGUGGAGAUACACUUCGCUGGAAAAACGGUCUGCACUAAGAUCAUGGAGAAGAAUGCAAACCCUCAGUGGAACCAGAGCCUGGCCAUGCCCAUCAGAUUCCCCUCCAUGUGUGAGAAGAUGAGGAUCAGAAUUCUGGACUGGGACAGAGCCAGUCACAACGACGUCAUUGGCACCACCCACCUCUGUAUGUCCAAGAUCUCGGCUCCUGGAGGGGAGAUCGAUGAUGACUUGACUCCUCGGACCGUCCAGCCUGGCAUUGAUGACAGUCUGGGUUUCCUUCCAACGUUCGGUCCAUGUUUUGUCAACCUGUACGGCAGCCCCAGAGAGUUCACCGCCUUCAAUGACCCCCAUGAGGCUCUGAACCUGGGAAAAGGCGAGGGCGUGGCCUACAGAGGUCGAGUUUUACUGGAACUAAGCACCAAACUGGUGGACAAACCGGAGCAGAGGACUGAAGACGUCCCUUCAGACGACCUGCUGGUGGUGGAGAAGUUCCUCCGGAAGAGGAAGUUCUCUCUGUUCGUGGCGUUCUACUCGGCCACGCUCCUCCAGGACGUGGACGACGCCAUCCAGUUUGAGGUCAGCAUCGGUAACUAUGGCAACAAGUUUGACUACACCUGCCUGCCUCUGGCCUCCACCACUCAGUUCAGCCGGGCGGUGUUUGACGGCUGCCACUACUACUACCUGCCGUGGGGAAACGUGAAGCCGGUGGUGGUUCUGUCCUCAGAGUGGGAAGACAUCACCAGGAUCGAGGCUCUGAACAUGCUGCUGGACAUCAUAGACAGACUGGAAGUGAAUCUGCAGCGAGUCCAGCUGCAGGUGAAGGCCGGCAGCGACCUGGAGGAGGUGGAGCUGAGAGUGGUGGAGCUGCUGGAUCAGGUCAUCACAGACUGCAGUCAGGAGCUUCCCUCCAUCGACCACUGGCAGUGUGCUACUCCUCUGGACCGCUCUCUCAGACACAUCCGGACGCUCCACCUGCAGCAGAUCGUGGCUCUGGCUCUGGCUCUGAAACACGGAGCAGAAACCGAGCUGUCCACGGUUCUGGAGCAGGCUGAGGACUGGGCCAACCGGCUGAGGACCAUGUCUGAGGAGCCUCAGAACAGCCUCCCAGACAUCGUGAUCUGGAUGCUGCAGGGCGACCGGCGGGUGGCGUAUCACCGCAUCCCGGCUCACAGCGUCAUCUUCUCCCAGCAGCACUGUGGAAAACGCUGUGGACAGCUGCAGACCGUCUUCCUCAAGUAUCCACAGGGCAGUGGAGGAGAAGCUAAACUUCCUGCUCAGCUGAGGGUCAAAGUGUGGUUGGGACUGGCUGCUGACGUCAAACACUUCAACCAGUACGCUGAAGGAAAGCUGUCAGUGUUUGCUGAGACGUAUGAGAACCAGACCCGGCUCGCCCUGGUGGGCAGCUGGGGAACUACAGGUUUAACGUACCCCAAGUUCAGCGACGUGACCGGCCGAGUGAAGCUGACCAAAGAGAGCUUCAAACCUUCACCUGGAUGGACCUGGGCAGGAGACUGGUUCAUCAGCCCCGAGAAGACGCUGCUGUUUGACGUGGACGCCGGUCACAUGACCUUCACUGAGGAGGUGUUUGAGAACCAGAUGAGGUUACCUGGAGGACAGUGGAUCGGCAUGACUGAAGGCUACACAGACGUGAACGGGGAGAAGGCGGUUCCAAAGGACGAGGUGGAGUGUCCUCCAGGAUGGACGUGGGAGGAGGUGGAGUGGAGCGAAGACCUCAACAGGGCCGUGGACGAUCAAGGAUGGGAGUACGGCAUCACCAUCCCUCCAGACCGCCGGCCCAAAGCCUGGGUACCGGCCGAGAAGAUGUACCACACCAACCGCCGCAGACGCUGGAUCAGGAUGAGGAGACGGGACCAGCAGAAGAUGGAGGCUCUGAGGAAGCAGCGUCCAGACGAGGCAGAGAGGGAGGGCUGGGAGUACGCCUCGCUGUUUGGAUGGAAGUUCCACCUGAAGCCCAGGAAGACGGACAGCUUCAGGAGGAGACGGUGGAGGUGUCGCAUGGAGCCGCUGGAGAAGACCGGACCGGCGGCCAUCUUUGCUCUGGAGUGUUCUCUGAGCAGCAUCGAAGACAAGAAUGAUGAUAAGUCGGUCACCACCACGUUUGGAGUCAACAGACCAACCAUUUCCUGUUUCUUUGACCGUGGAAGCCGCUAUCACCUGCGCUGCUACCUGUACCAAGCCAGAGACCUGCUGGCCAUGGACAAAGACAGCUUCUCAGACCCGUACGCCAUCGUGUCCUUCCUCCACCAGUCCCAGAAGACGGUGACGGUCAGAAACACUCUGAAUCCCACCUGGGACCAGACGCUCAUCUUCUACGAGGUGGAGAUCUUUGGAGAUCCUGAGGACACGGUGGUGAAUCCUCCCAACGUGGUGGUGGAGCUCUACGACCAGGACUCAUACGGAGCAGAUGAGUUCAUGGGCCGCUGUGUCUGUCAGCCCUCCAUGGAUCCCUCUCCUCGUCUCUCCUGGUUUCACAUUCGCCAAGGACAGAAAAACGGUGGAGAGCUGCUGGCCGCCUUCCAGCUGAUCCGCAGAGAAAAGCCAGCAGUUCAUCAUAUUCCAGGCCAAGAGGGAGACAUCGUGACCACCGCUCACGUUCUAGACGAGUUGAUGUUUCCAGGAUUCCUCCCUGAAAACCUCCAGCAAUGGCCGGAGGAGUCGGACCUGCCGUACCCGCCCCCUCAGAGAGAACCCAACGUCUUCAUGGUUCCUCAGGGAAUCAAACCGGUUCUGCAGAGAACCGCCAUCGAGGUCCUGGCGUGGGGCGUCCGUAACCUGAAGAGCUUCCAGCUGGCCAGCGUUACAUCUCCCAGCCUGCAGGUGGAGUGUGGAGGCUCCAUGGUCCAGAGCUGUGUCAUCCGCAGCGUGAAGAAGAAGCCCAACUUUGACGUCAACACGCUGGUCCUUGAUGUGAGACUUCCCCGUGAGGAGCUCUACAUGCCGCCGAUCGUCAUCAAAGUCAUCGACAACCGUCAGUUUGGGAGGAAGCCGGUGGUCGGUCAGUGCACCAUCCGGUCUCUGGAGGAGUACCGACUCGAUCAGGAGGAGGAUCGAGCUGUGGAGGACGAGGAGGACGACGGGUGGAGACGUGAGACGCCCCAUCUGAUUUCAGGAGAAGUUUUUAUUGACAUCGAUGACGAGCAGCCGCUAGUGCCCGACCAGUUUGCAGAUGGAGAGACUUCAGCUAUCAUUAACCUUUCAGCCUCUAGUUCCAGCCUUCAUAUCUGA